AAAAGCCUAAGCCUAGAGAGCAAACCAGGCUGGCAGCCAUUUCCGCCCUCAGUAGUGGUCUCUUGAGCCCACAAUUGCAUAAGUGACGCCCGCGCGACGACCCACACCAGCUCUCCUACUUCUCAAGCAAUAUGAAACUACUCCUCCUCGCCACCGCUGCUCUCAGCACCUAUGCGCUGCGCGCGCCGACGAGAAUGUCGGUCGCGGUCUUCGGUGCGACGGGCUUGACCGGCCGAGAGUGCACGCAUCAAUUGCUGGAGCGCGGCGUCCCCGUGCGCGCGCUCUGCCGCGACCCGGCGAAGCUCCUCACGCCGCUCGGCUCGACGGGCAAGGAGGACCUCGUCGAGAACGACCAACUCUACAAGUACAAAGGCAGCGUCACGAACGCGGCCGACGUGGAGAAAGUGUUUGAGGGAGGUGAUGUCGAGGGUGUGAUCAUCUCGCUCGGCGGCAAGACGAAGGACGUCGGUCCUACCAUGUUAACGGACGGCACGGCCACCGUCAUCGCCGCGAUGAAGAAGUACGACGUCAAGCGCGUCGCCGUCGUCACGUCCAUCGGCGCCGGAGAUUCUAAAGAUCAGGCGCCCUUCAUGUUCAAAAUGCUCAUGAUGACGGUCAUGUCGUCCAUCUUCACCGACAAGAACAACCAGGAGGCGCUCUUCACGGACGGCGGCGUCGGCCGGGACCUGGAAUGGUGCAUCGUGCGGCCCGGCGGGCUCACGGUCGAGAAGCCGACGGGCGUCAUCAAUGUCAUCGAGGGCGAGGCCGGCUCCAUUGCGCGCGCGGACGUCGCGGACUUUUGUAUUGGCGCGAUCCUCGAGAAGGACUUCCCGUACAUCCAAAAGACGCCGUGCAUCUCGAGCGUCGGCGGGACGUCGUGGGUCAAGGACCGUAGCGCGGCGGCGAGAGAGGGCAUGACUGCCUAGAAGGGUCAUUUGUGUGCGCUAGAUAUAGAUAACACAUAUCUGCGAAUUAAA